GCGAUCUUCCGUCCACUUCCCGACGACAGCAGGAGGCAUGGCACCGACAUCGACUCCAGAACGCGCCGUGCCUCUCGGCCUCAUCCAGACGUUCGUGGACGAGUUCCACGCAGACCCUCGCUUCGUGAUCGCGCAAAACGGCCUCACGUCGACGCACUGGCGCCACAUUGUGUGCAAUCGACGCGAGAUUGCACGGCAAACGCAUGCCUUUUCCAAGAAGCUCCCCGACAUGGACGCGUGCAACCAGAACGAAACGGGCCGGUGUUGGUUGUUUGCAACGGCUACGUUGAUGCGCCGCGCGCUCCAGGCCAAGUACAACCUCGACAAGGACUUCGAGAUCUCGCAAAACUUUUUCUUCUUCUGGGACAAAUUUGAAAAGUGCAACUACUUUCUCGAAAACAUCCUGGCGACGGCGUCCGAGUCGGUAGACUCGCGCGUCGUUGCGCAUUUCCUCGCAGAGCCCACGACGGACGGUGGGCAAUGGGACAUGGCCGUCAACGUCGUCAACAAGUACGGCGCGUGCCCCAAGAACGUGUACGGCGAGUCAUUCCAAACACUGGAUACCGACCGGCUCAACUUUCUACUGGGGGCCAAGUUGCGCGACUUUGCCAAAGCGCUGCGCGAAAUGCACGCGGCCGGCGCUACGGCCGACGCCAUGCAAGCCGCCAAGCGGCCCAUGCUUCAACUGUGCCAUCGCAUUCUCGCCAUUCAUUUGGGCACGCCGCCGACCGAAUUCGACUUUGAAGUCCAUGCCAAGGACGAAAGCCACAUUCGCGUCGCGCGCAUGACCCCCCGGACGUUUCUCUCGACCGUCGUCCCCAUCGACGUCAACGACUACGUGUCGAUCGUGCAUGACCCACGCCACGCAUUCGAUACGAUUCUCACGGUCGACCGCCUCGGCAAUGUUGUCGAAGGCAACCCGAUUCGAUACCUCAACGUGCCGUCGGACGACCUGUGGAAGUGCGCCAAGGCCCAACUCGACGCCAACGUCCCCGUCUGGUUUGGAUGUGAUUGCGACGCCGACUCGGAGCUCGAUGCGCAUGGAAUUUACUCGACUACCUUGUACGACCUCGACGCGGUCUUUGGUACGACGCUAGCGCUCGACAAGCGCGAACGCAUGCGGUAUCAUAAUGGAGCGAUGACACACGCGAUGGUGUUUGUGGGGUACAAUUGUGUCGGCAGCGACGCUCGGCCAGUCGCGUGGAAAGUCGAAAACAGUUGGGGGCCGAAGCGCGGCGCCAAGGGCUUCGACGUGAUGACGGCGGACUGGUUUGACCAGCACAUGUACCAAGUCGUGGUGCGCAAGCAAUUCCUCAAGCCAAGGCACGUCGCGAUUUGGGAAAACGGAGUGCCCCUCGUCCUGCCAGUAUGGGACCCCAUGGGCAAUUGCUUGCAGUAGGAACCAGAGCGUUCUCUCCAACACGCACGUCGAUGUCGAACACAGACGUGAUGGGCACAGAUAAAACAACGUGAGGUUGGCCCAACACACA